UCAGCCCCUGUCCCAGCCUCAGCCCCUGUCCCAGCCUCAGCCCCUGUCCCAGCCUCAGCCCCUGUCCCAGCCCCGGCAUCAGGUACAGUCCCAGCAGCUCCAGAUCCAGUCGCAGAUCCACGACAGAUGGACUCGGAGGAUGUAGACGAGGCCUCGCCCCUCCCCGCUAUUUCUAUGGAAACCACAGAGACCAGAACAGUCGCCACGGAGACGAGCCCCGUCGACACCAAGGAAGGAGCUCGCAGACCUAGCGCCAGCGCUAAAGAGUCGUUGUUCGCCCGACUCAAAGCCCGUCUCAGGCCCCGCCCACAUCCCAGCGCCACGGAAACUGACUCCUCCCCCGUCUCUCCUAAGAAACCCAGAAUGUCUAAAGCCGCUAACCAGCCCAAGGCUACAAAUAACGCAGCCGGCAAGUCUGGCCAAUCAGGAAGAGCCGAUACGGCUGUGACUCCGCCCAGACCGGUUGAGCCUCUCAAGUCGUCGACUCCCAUGACGACCAGGGGACGUAGCACAGCCCAGUUAGAGAAGGCCCCAGAGUCAACCUCCAAGACCCCUACAGCCCCCCAGCGCAGCCCCCUCAACGGAAACCCCUGCUCAAGCACGCCUCAGUACUGCUCCCCCUCCACCCCGCCACCCACAGCCUCUCGCUCCAGUCACAAGCGCUCCCCUCCCUCCCCACGCAGCCCGACCCCCAGAUUCGCCACCCUCCGUCACACCACCGCCGCUUCCACCAAAACAUCCCCGCAGCCGGACACCCCCGACAAAGAACCACCGCAAGACGAUCCCAAUUCGCCGAGUCAACCGCUGCAGCGCAUCGGCAACCGCCUGUUGAAGAAUCAGUGCGGCGCUUGCGGCCGCGUCCUCAGCAGUACGGCGACGCUGGAGAGCCACGUGAGCCAGCACACCGGGGACCGGCCGUUCUUCUGCACGCUCUGCGGCAAGGGCUUCCCGGACGCCAAGGGCCUGAACCGGCACGGCCGGGUGCACAGCGGCGAGAGCCACGAGUGUCCGCAGUGCAGCAAGACGUUCACGUACCGCUUCGGCUUGACCAAGCACCUCCAGAUGGUCCACGGCCACCUGAGGCCUUUCACCUGCCAGGUGUGCAGCAAGGGCUUCUUCACCCAGAGGGACGUGGAGGCCCACUUGAGGGUCCACACAGGGGAGAAACCCUUCCACUGCUCUCUGUGCGAGAAAAAAUUCAAGAGGAAAGUGGAGUUGAACGUCCACCUGCGCUGGCACAACGGGGAGAAGAGGCACUGGUGCCCGUUCUGCGGGAAGGGCUUCCUGGACUAUAAUAACCUGAAGAGGCACAAACUGAUCCACACGGGGGAGAAACCACAUCGCUGCCCUCAGUGCGGGAAGACGUUCACCCAGUCUGGGCACCUGAAGAAACACCUGAAGAACGUGCACAGGUUGGGGGAGGGGCACCAGGGUUAGAUGCGUGAUGAACACACACACACCCUGGGCUCAUCAGGACAGUUCACACUGCACCAACAGUGUCUAAGAAACACCAAACAUUCUACUGUUAGCUGUUGGGGUUAGAAUGUUUGGAAAGAUGACUGUCAUUUUCACACUGCUCCAACAAACACCAACAAAUGUGUGUGUGUGAGGCAGUGUGUGUGUAAGGAAGUGUGUGUGUGAGGAAGUGUGUGUGUGUGUGUGUGUGUGAGGCAGUGUGGGUGUGAGGCAGUGUGUGUAUGUGUGUGUGAGGCAGUGUGUGUGUGUGUGUUGAACACACAAAUGUGUUAGGUUGUGUUGGUUUGGUGUGAAAUAACUGUUACAAUGACUAAUGAAUGUUAUUUUAUUUCAAACCAAACAGACAACCGUAGAAUGCUUGGUGUUUGUUGGGGAAGUGUGAACUAGUUUCAAUGGGCCACAUUCACUCCACUUGUGCUAAAUAACGAAAAGAAAUCCCAAUUUUAAGUGAACAUAUUUCACUUAUACUUCUAGAACAAGGUAAAUGGGGUGAUCACAGCUGUGGUUGUCUCGUGUGCAGGAAGCAGACGCACACAUCUGUGGUUUUACCCGAAGAUUGAGUUUAGUACCGUCAUUGCAAACAUUAGAUAGAAGUUCGAGGGAGGUCUGGUUUGAAAAAGGGCUUUGUGUGACCACAGCCAAACGUGAGGAGGAAGUCGGUUUAUAGUUCAUUUAAAUAACAUGAAUGACACAGAAUACUGCGGAAUGCAUUGGGAAAGCCUAUUUGUUCAUGUUUACAUUAUAAAAACACACAAGCUGUCCCAUAACAGCACGGACAUGUGAGGUAGUUACAGUGAGGACUGGGAUUCUGCUUCAUCCAUUUAUUCUGUCAUGUAUUCUAUUUAUUUUAAAUCCUGUAACAUCUUUCUUGAUGAAAGAUUUAAAAACUCCCUAGAAAUGAUAAAAUAUAUCAUUCGUAAAAAAGAUUUGUUAAUCAGUAACAUGCCCAUUGCUGUGAACAAGGAUCAAGUAAUGAGUCCUUCUCUAGGUGUUUGUAAAGAAUGUUCCACAAUUAUUUAAAAAAAAAUGUUCCUAUGUAGUUGUCUGAAUUAUGAUUCAGAGAGUUUGACUGUACAAUUCAGGAUCUGGUUGGUAAAACCUGACCCUUGGCACUUAAUUCAAAAAUGUAUCGCAGCUAUUCUUGGAUCUUUGGACCCAAUAAUCACAAAUCCUGUUUUUAACAUUAAUUUGUUUAUCCGAGCCUGCGAUGCAUUAUAUAUUGCAACACAAGGAGCUUCAAGACAUGUUAACACAUUUUAACUUUAUAAAUGUGUACAUUUGGUCAAACCGUUUUGUAAACUACACUUAAAUGUGUAAAAGAAAUGCAUUUUGCAUUUAUUUUGGGGGAUUUUUUUCUGAAAACUGUGAAUUAAAAUGGAAAAUGUUUUA